ACGUGUAGGAUGGCAAUUAACAUGUGACAGUGAGAGGUCCUCACUCAAAUGCAAAACACUGAGAAAAAGAAAAAUGGGCAGAUCUUGAUCAGCAAUACAGGAAAUUGUCAGUCGUCAUGGUUACAAAAGCAGGCUGGAAACAGUAUUUCAUCGCAUGGGGUGUGCUAGAAAACGUGGUUAAUGCCGGACCAGGAGGUGCCACUUUUGACACUGCCAUGAUCAGAUCACUUGACAAAACAGAAGCACAAAAACUGGAGCAAAAGAAAGUGUUGAUAUCAUAACUGACCUCAUGGAGAUGGUAGCAGCUACAAACUCAACUCGCAAUGACUCUGGCAUCUGUACCAACCUGUACGACCAUCGUGGUUGGGCACAGUAUUUCCUGCCUGCAGUGUAUUCUCUGAUUUGCAUUUUGGGACUGCUGGGCAAUGUGUUGGCUUUGCAUGUCAUUUGGCCGAAUUUUAAAAAAAUCAACUCCACAACUUUGUAUUCAGCCAACCUGGUGGUGUCAGACAUCUUGUUUUCAUUAGCUCUGCCCUUGCGUGUGGUUUACUAUGCUAUGGGAUUUCACUGGCCAAUGGGGGAGGGUUUAUGCAAAGCCAUGGCUCUGCUGUUCUACAUCAACAUGUACGCUGGCGUCAACUUCAUGACUUGUUUAAGCGUGGACCGUUUCAUUGCAGUGGUGCUGCCGCUGCGCUUCUCCCGCUUCCGGAAGGUUCAGAAGGUGCAGUACAUUUGUGUGGCCGUAUGGGUCAUGGUGUUGAUGCAGACACUGCCUUUGCUGUCAAUGCCCAUGACGAACAACGAGCAAAGUGGUCACAUAACAUGUAUGGAGUAUCCCAACUUUGAGAAAAUCGACAACCUGCCUGUCAUGCUCAUCGGUGCCGUGUUGCUCGGCUUCGGCAUUCCUGUCAUAAUCAUCCUGGUAUGCUAUUCGGCACUGUGCUCCAAGCUCCGCAUCCUGGCCAAGUCCAAUAAACUGACAGAGAGGUCGGGUCGCAGUCGUAAAGCCAUCGGCGUGAUUUGCACCGUCAUUCUGGUGUUCGUGGUGUGCUACAGUCCAUACCACAUCGACCUCCUGCAGUACAUGAUCAGAAAGCUACGGUACGAGCCAGACUGCUCAGAACUGCACGACUUUCAGAUCUCCCUUCACAUCACCGUCUGUCUGAUGAAUCUCAAUUCAUGCCUCGACCCCUUCAUCUACUUCUUUGCCUGCAAAGGAUACAAGAAGAAGGUACUCAGACUGCUCAGAAAACAAGUCAGCAUGUCCUUCUCGAGCGUGGUCAGGACCUCUCCCGAAGGCUCCUCCAAAGACGUGUUUGGGAAUGACAAAAUCCACAUGAGCUUAAGAAGCAGUCAGAAAGAGAGGAGCAGUGUGCUAUUGAGUGACUAAUGGCAGCCAUGUUUUUAAACUAUAAACAAGAAGAAGAAAUGCAGUUGAGCGACUGUAUGAGACUAAAAAUAACACAUUUCUUACCUCUGGAUUGUUAUUUUUAUGUUUCAACUUAUCGGUUCUCAGUCGGUAGAUAAUAUUUUGUGAUGCUGUUUAAAUAUUAUUGCACAUUUGUCUUAGAUCAUGAUAGAAUUUGUUCUGGAGUUUUUCAUUUGAUCUUUUCAGUAUAAAGAAAAUAGUUGAAAUGACAAAAACACCUGCAGUGAAAUGAUGAGGAACAGCACUCGUAAGAUACCA